CUACGACUGCAUCAAAUCAAGAGGUGCAAGAAUUGAGAGAAAAGCUAACAAUACUACAGGCGUCUAAGGCUAAAGGGGAAGCUCCUAUAUACUUCCGAUACUUUGAUUCAGAAAUAAUAAGUCUUAGUUCCGAAAGUUGGGAAGAUUUUAGCCAGUUAUAUGUUCGUUUGAAAAAUGUUUUCGGUCUUAAAGGCCCAUUAUUGGAUUAUAUUUUUUCUAUUGGCGAUAAACUAAUAGAUCUUAGCUGGUCUAAAAGUGUCUUUAUCGAUUUUAUCGAAAAACAUAGAUGUUCGGCCAAUAAUCCGAUUAUAAUUUCAGGAAAGAAGAAAGGUUCUUUACCAUCACCAUCAAAGCUUGGGGAACCUGAGGAAUGGUACAAGCGACAGAAAACUAAUGCUGUUGAUGCUAUUUGUCUUAACCACUGCCCACCAACAGCUUCUAGCUCCAUACCUGUUAGCUUGCUUUGUUCGAUUUUUGGAAAAUUUAAGGAUUUAUGUGAUGAGCUUUCAGAAAGUGAAGACAAUCUUUUCGCUUAUGAUUUUUGUUUUAAAAUGGCAAAAUUUUAUAAGUCCGAAUCAGAUCGUCAAACUGAGGCAAAUAAAAUGCUAUCUAAUUAUCUCAAACGCCCUGUACAACCAAUUGAUGAAAUUAAAUAUCGUACUGAUGGUACUAUAUGUUAUGGUCAAGGUCCCGACGCAUAUCGUGAGCUUAAUGUGGAAUACAAAAAGUAUAACUGUGGUUCCGAUGCCUGUCCUUAUCUUGAAAACUGUGGAUAUUUUCUAGCUUUUUGCGGAGAAAAAGAAAAUCAUCUCGCCUACCAUGUGACUAAUUUUCCAUGCUUUUUAAUUGCAAUUCCUGGGCCUUACUUUUCUGUUUCCGGUGCUGUGUUUACUGAUAAAGCAAUAGUUGACCCGCUUACCCCAAUUUUUCCUCUUAUUUGGCAAAAAUAUGACGAAACGAUGAUGGUAUCAAUUGCCAAAACAUUUCGUGCUUUGAGGAUAUCUCUCCAACUUCUCGAUCAAUAUUAUGCUAAUGUUGAUGAAUUAAUUCAAGACGAACCUCGAACUGUCCAUCCCGUGCACCCUUCAUUUCCGGAAGUGAUUAUAGACGAUAAAUCUUACAUGGUUCAGAUUAAUUCUAAUUCCCAAGAUUCCCAAGUUAGUACAAAUCUUCUUUGGGAAGUUACACUUUUAAAUGAACAAGAGCCCCAUAUUACAGCCUACGUGAAAGCUGUUCAGAAACAUCGAUAUUCACUUGACACACAUAAGCUCUUAGCUGAAGCUGGAUAUGCUCCAAAAGUCUUUACCACCUCAGUAAUUCCUGGAAAUUGGAUUUUGGUUUAUAUGGAAUGCCUGAACAAUCAUUCAAUACUAAAUCACAUUCCCUCUAAACUUGAUGAUCAAAAACGAAGUUCUCUGAGAAAAAAAAUAAAAGAGGUAGUCGAAUACUUGCAUAAUUUAGGAUACGUUCAUGGAGACUUGCGUGAGGGGAAUAUUCUAGUUCGUCAACUUGAAGAUAACGAAUUUGACGUGAAAUUGAUCGAUUUUGAAUGGUCUGGGAAGGUUGGCUCUGCCUGUUAUUCUCCCUUUAUGAAUCGUAAAACUAUUCAAUGGCCGGAUGGUGCGGAAGAUUGGAAAUUAGUUACAAAAAACCACGAUCUUUUUAUGAGUGGAUCAAAUAAGUUUAGUGUAGAGGAACGUUACAGCCCAAUUAUGGCUGUAAACCAAACCCCAAUUAUUGAAAGUUUUAUUAUGGAAGAUUUUCCUGAAAGUGCAGAUGAAACAGGUCAACGAAGGGUCUUAGUAAAUAAGGGUGGACGACCAAAAGAUCCUGUUUGGGAAGACUUCAAUACUGGUGAAUCUGAUGGCAAAGGUCAUUAUGAUAUAUCUCACAAUAAUGACUAUAGAUGA